AUGGUGGAGACGCCGCUUGCGAGCGUGGAGGUGUGUCAUGACUUGGACCAGCGCUUCCUGCGUGAGGACAAGGCGUGGAGCAAAGAAGCGCUUCGGGAGCUGCGUGCGAUUGCCAAACUCGGGUUGCCUUUGGCCCUGUCGGCGGCCAGCGGCACCAUCAACAAUCUGCUGACAAGCAUAAUGCUUGGGCAUUUAGACACGCUGGCCUUGGCUGCAACAUCAGUGAGUACCAUCUGGACGUCUCUUACGGAUGUCUUUUUCUUGUCUGGGAUCGGGCAGCUGUCGAUGUUCUGCAGUCAAGCUUACGGGGCCGGGAAUUUGCCUCUGGUGGGCAUCUGGCUACAGAUCUACCUCGUUUUUACCACAGUCGCCGGCGUGCCCUUCAUGCUGCUUCGCUUUUUCACUGAGCCCGUCCUGAAAGCCUUCGGGCUCCACAGGGACGUGGCGCACCUUGCAGGCGUCUACGCCGUGUGGUCGCAGGUGGGCUUCCUGCUGGAUGUGUGGUACUAUUCCAUCAAGGAGUACUACGCCGCACAGCAAAUAACAUUACCAGCGGCUAUCGUGGACGCUGUUUUCACAGUGGUGAACUUUGGACUUGGCUAUGUCAUGAUCUUCCAAACGAAGAUGGGAAUCAUUGGAGCUGCCCUGGCCUUCACGAUCUGCAAACUCCUCCGCACGGUGACCUUUGUGGCCUUCUGUUGGCAUCGUGGUUAUCACAAAACCACCUGGCCUGGCUGGUCCUGUUCGGAGGUUUGCCAAGCAAGCCGCUGGCGGAGGUUAUUGUCAAUGACGCUGCCAGCAGCCCUUGGCGGUGUCGCCGAAGAGCUGCAGAUGCAGGUCUGCACGCUGAUGGCAGGAGAGCUCGGGCCGGCAGAGACCGCGGCCUUCGCUUUGGUCAUGAACUUGCUCAUCGUCGGCUUCCUGUACUCGGUGGCCAUGGGUGACGCCGUUGGGAUCCGCAUGUCCAGACGCCUAGGAGAAGGCAAGCCGAAGGAGGCAGCCUUUGUAGCUCGCAUUGGUUUGCUCGCUUCCCUCGCAGGCAACGUGGUGAUUGCGAUGCUGUUUCUCUGUGCCGGGAGCGCCAUUGUAAAGGUGGCAUCGCCAGAUCUUCAGGUGCAGCAGUUGAUGAUGAAGCUUCGCUGGGCAGGUGCCACAACGAUUGCCUUGCUCGGGGUCGCGCUGCCCCUUAUCGCUGUUCUCAAUAAACAAGGACGUGCGAAGGUCCCAUCUGCCAUUCUCCCUGUUUGCUGCUGGAUUCUCGGCUUUCCCUGCAGCUACUUCCUCAGCCGAUCGGAAGGUGUCACAGGCAUUUGCGAGGGCCUGAUGAUCGGCUACGCCCUCGCCACCCUUUGCCUUUUCUUUUUCUUCUUCCGUUCCAACUGGGAGAAGCUGACCCAAGAGGCCUCUGAGCGUGCCGAAGUCCAGGAGCAGGUGACCUAA